AUGCCACGGGGGAACAGUGAUCCGAGUGAGCGGUCGUGUCCCGCCCGCCCACCCGCCCGGAUGGUCUCUCCGCGCCGGUUGAUCAAGAGGGAGAGAGAGAGAAGAGAUUUCUUAAAAAUAGAAAAAUUGGAAAAUGCAAAUGGAAAUGUCUACGGCGCAUGUACAGAUGCUAUGCUGCCCCUAACAACAAUAACGGACAACGAAUUAUAA